AUGCAAGUCUCUGGAAGCUCCAACGCCACCACGACCAAGCUCCAAGCCGAAUUGGAGAUAUGGGACACACCUGGCCAAGACGACUGGAAUCAGUCCUGGCCUCAAGCCUUCAGAAACGCCCACUGCGUUGUGAUCUGCUUUUCAGUCGGGUGGGAGGUUUCGUUGGAAUGUGUCGAGGAGAAGCUUAUCGGGAGGGUCCUCAUAAUACACACCUGUCACUCGCAGUGGAUCGGAACCAUCAAUCACUUUGGCCUUACCGACAUUCCUAUACUUUUGGUGGGAUGCCAGAGAGAUCUACGUUCAAACCAGAACGAGCGUGAAGCGAUGAAGAAUUCAGGGGAGAGGUUUGUAAGGCCCGAACAGGCGACUGGAGUGGCCCAACGAAUAAACGCAAUGUCGUAUCUCGAAUGCUCAGCCAAAACGUGGGAAGGAGUUCGGGAAGUGCUCGAUGAGAUUGCGUUGACUGUUUGGGUUGGGGCGUCGCGGGAGAAGGCGAGAGCUGCUAAGGAGGAAGACAGAGAUGGUGUUGUUCGUAGUCGAGUGAGAAGAUGGAGCGAAGGAGCGAAGAAGUUAUUCAAAGGCUGA